AUGAAAGCCAUUCUCGUCGUCGCCUUCAUUGUCAGUUACAUUUCAGUUACUGUGAACGCAAGCACGAUGGUUGGUGGAUUCACUGAGCAAGAUGCCUCCAAGAAGGAAUAUCAUGAGCAAGCUUGGAAGGCCGUGAAGGGCAUCAACGAUCAAGCAUCUAACAAUGGACCUUACUACUAUGUUCCGAUCAAGGUCACCAAGGCUCAAACCCAGGUGGUUGCUGGACUCAACACCAAGCUCGAGGUUCUCGUCGGAGAGUCGUCGUGCAAGAAGGGCGACAUGCAGCCACACGAGCUCACUUCGUCGAACUGCAACGUCAAGGACGGAGGAAGCCGUGCCAUAUACCAGGUCACCAUCUGGGAGAAGCCAUGGGAGAAUUUCGAGCAAUUCACCGUCGAGAAAGUCCGUGAUGUCUCUGCUGAUGAGCAGAUAUAA